AUGCCUAUUGACGAAGUCGUCGGUGUUUUAAACCACCAGAUAGCUUUCGCCUACUUCGGCAAAAUCAUAAUCUGUUUACCUGACUUCAACACUCACCUAGUGCAUCUGCAGAAGGUACUGGUCACUAUCGACACUAUCGACCUGCGGCUAAAAGCAACGAAGUGUACUUUCAUGACUCAAGAGGUGCUGUGCGAUAGUACUGGCCUAAACCGACUGAAUUUCUUUGUCAAACUGGACACGGAGCUUGGCAGUCAGCGUAAGUCGCCCUGCUCCGAGGCCGUGGGUACACAGUCAGCCGGCGAAGGCGAGGAGCAAAGCCUAGGUAUACGGCCACAUCAAGUAGCCCAGGCUCAACAGCAGCACCUUUUUGAAGACUACCGACAUCAGCAGCACCAAGGGGACUUCGAAACAAGUCCAAAGGACACGAUGUCCCAUACGCCUAACGAGGGUGGCUCAAUGCAUGACGAGGCCAAGCAGCCCUUCAUGGAUAUUGCAGGUCACCUUAAUCCCUACCUGCGCGGUCAACCAAUGGGCCCUCUAGGAGGAUAUCCCGGACCGCAGCAAGAUUUUCAACAGCGCAUGGCUGGUUACCCCUUUUCUGGUGUCGGUAACGGCCACCUGCAAUCACCGUACGGAGGGCCGCCCGGCCACGCCGCCCAUUAUUUUGGCGGAUAUCAUCCACCUACCCACUGUCCACCUGCGCAUUCACCUCCGAACGUACAGAGACCCCCCGGACAGAGCAACAGUAACCCACAGGCCCAGCAAACCUCUCAGAACAGCGAUGGUUCGGAAAAUGAUAAGCGCGUUGGGAGCUUUGGAUCUAGUCGCUGCGUGGGUGGGUAUCCGCAUCAAGCCGAUUCUCCAACCGGAGGGCUCGGUUUCGCUAUCAAGAGCGAGGCCAAGGAGGAUCACCUGGGUAGGACCAUGAGCAAUCACAUUAUCCAUAGUGACUACGCGGCUAACGAUAAGUCAAUGGACGACGCGCUUCGAGGAUCUGCUGGCGGGGCCCAAACGCCACAAGGCAAUACCCCGGGCCCCAAAGGAAAGAAAAUGCGUAAACCACGAACAAUAUACUCCAGUUUGCAACUACAGCAAUUAAAUAGGAGAUUCCAAAGGACGCAGUAUCUCGCCCUCCCUGAGAGGGCUGAACUUGCAGCGUCUUUAGGACUCACCCAGACCCAAGUAAAGAUUUGGUUUCAGAACCGAAGGUCGAAAUGUAAAAAAAUGCUUAAAGCAUCUGCAAACAAUCCUCAGGCAGCGGCAGCGGCUCUCGGCCUAUCGCAGCCGGUGACCCCUAACGGUGCGCCUGCUACACCUGGUACUCCUACAAGUGCUAUGCCUCCGAGUGGCACGCCUCCAAGCGAUGCAUCCCCAUCACCCCAAACACCUCCGACCCCAUAUCACCCGAAUGGGCCUCUUGGGGCUUCUCUCGGUGGACCCCUUGGAAGCGCUUUAGGAGGUCUUGGAAGCCACCACGGGCUAGGGAGCAGCGAUGGCCAUACACCGGCACACUCGUUGACACCCCCGCCUAACUCAUGGGAUAUGCCUACCCCAAUGAGUAAUAAAGCUCCUACUAUGAUGCCUGGCUAUAUGUCGCAGUACCCGGGGUGGUACCAUGGACACCCGGCAGGUGAUCCGAACCAACAGGUCCUCACCUAGGAGUCCUCCUCGACCUCAUGCUCUUCAGACGACAGCUCAGCCUACAAGUUACAGGCCCCCAACCUAUCGCAAUGAUGUUCUUCAGUCUAUUGAAUCUUGGUACAGCCUCAUUUGAGGUAGUUUAGCAGAAUUUCUGAAACAGCAUUCAAAUUUAGUAAAAACUAAACCGUUAGCGGGAAACGUUUUAUGAAAAUAUACGAAAAGAGGAUAUUAGGACAGGCUGAUGUGCUCCUUAUGAGUUGACUGAAAAAAGUUAAUGUUAUUUAUUUGUAGUCGUCGCGAACGCCGACGCGCGAACCCGUGAAGCCGGCCCGUGAAACCUAAUUAGGUAGAAUUUAAAGCAAUCGACAACGACAGACCUUGGAUUAUCAAAGGAAUAAAGUAUUCUGGAAUGUGCUGAGGGGGCAGAAUUAAUGUAAUCCCUAAAUAAUUCAUCCUAGGCGGCAUCUAUCCUAAGACUCAAAAACAGCAAAUGCCCCUAGCAGGAUUUUAUGUAUAUUACCCUGUAAAGUUAAAUGGAGAGACGUAAAGGCAACGGAAGGUAGCAGAAAUACUGCACAGUACAGACAACACAAUCACGAACAAUUGCUAUAAUAAAUUAUUAGCUUAUACACUAAGCAGAUCAUCUCUGUAAAUUUAUCUGCUAGAAGAUGUUAUUAUUUAGUGCGCGAGGUUUUUAAUUUUACUCGAUAUAGUAAUUACACAGCUCUCUGCCACGUCCCUAAAAGUCAUGUAAUCUAAUGUAAUUUAAGUAAAUGCGAAACCCGUCAAGGUGACUCCUAAAAAAUACAACAUCAUCACAACUGCUCAAAGCUGGUGAGCUUUGGUAAGAGUACUUGUGUAGAAGGUGCAACCAUGAAACGAACCUGGCCAGGAUAGCGUUAGGUGCAAUCGGUGAGAAUAUUCACUUGAGUUCCCUUCUAUACGAGUGGGUAAGCAGAAAAAAGACAAAUAUUUUUUCGAUAAAGAGCGCAGAGGUUAUGGGAAUGCCUGUGUGAGAUCUAUCAAAUAGAAGACUUGAGCAAUAGAGUUCUGAAAUAAAGCUCAAUUUGUGUUGAUUUGGUAAAUGGUUGGGUUAGAGAGCAACUAUAUAGGCAAUUGACGACUACGUAUAAACGCUGAAUAUUCAGUUCGAUGGUAAGCGAAGUUCAGACAUGAUUUCCAAAACGUGUUAUGUGUGCACCGCUCGUGUUACCCGAAGUCUACCUAAAUGUAACGUUGUUUAUAUCUGUGAUACCCAUUGACCUCAGCGCCGUCAUGCGUCAUUUAAAGGAGGUCAGUCAAUGUACUAAUAACAAGCCCCAGCAGAAAAUUAAUAACAGCAAGAGUCAAACAACAACAAUAGUGUAAUCAGUCUCGUAAUCACACAAGAUGCUCAGGAACUAAGUACGAUAAUAGCAAGGAGAUGGGAAUUGAGAGUGAAAUACAAGAUGAGGGAAUUUGAUCUAAAGUGAAUAAGAUUCCGGUGUGGCAGCAACUAAACAAUCGUGUCAGCUCUGCAAAUAGUUUUCUCAAAAUGUGACGCCAGGUUGUACUAGGGAAUUCGACUUUCUAAAGUCAAUUAUGUAUAGGAACAAUGAAUAUAGCAUGAGAUCAGCAUUGCGACUGCACAUGUUAAUAGUAUAUUGCCAUUGUGAAAUACAUCUACAUAAAGAAAAACUAUAAUUAAAGCGUAAACGAAGCCGAAUGCGGUAUUCCCAUAGAGAUUCACGGAUGACGUAGGCUCAUUAGUACAAAGCGUAAAAUCUUAACGCUAUAGAUGUCAUUUUCAAUUAUAGACGUAUUGUGUACCAAUACGAUGAACAACAACUAAUGAAGCGGAAAACAGUAGAUACUUGCAUAUGCGAUGGGCCCACUGGGAAGUAUGCACUAUUUCUACGGGUGAUUUUCUUUACAAAAAUAGUAAUGAAAUUACAUUGAUAGCAGAAACAACGUUUUGGGUAGUGGAGAAUUAAGUAAGCUUAAUAACAGAAGUAUAAUGAUUAAUAAAUAAGAGGUGAGACACCGGAGAACCAACGGGAAGCGAAGGACAAGCAGAUUUAUGUAAAUAUCCUGUAUAUAUAAAUAACUUGGUAAUAAAAGCAUAUAGUGUCAUUAGCAAUUAAAUAUAUGUUUUCCAUAGUUCAUGAAGAAACUAGAAAACUCCAACAUUGUUAGAAAAUGCAAAUGCACACCCCGC